AUGCUUUAGGAAGGAGUGAAAAACUUCAAGGAACUUCGAGCCAAAUUUCAAAAGUUUGAUGCUCCAACUCUUCCAGGACCUAUUAAAUUCCCAGCAGGUGACUCUCAAAAGGAUGAAGUGGUAUGUGCACGGCCAAUUCCGAUCCUGGCAAAGGGGAAACCCCUCUCUUCCAACCAUAAUCAGCCCCUACCAUAUUCUUGCAAUGGUGAGUCCCCACCUCAGAAAACCAAGGUGACCCAGAGGAGUGAAAUGCGGAAGAGCUCAAGUUCCCCAGGACCUCUAGCAAAGUCUACUGUGUGUUCCACAGGAAACUUCCAGAAGGCCUCUGUGCUGUUGGAUGUGACUGGAUCAAAGGCCGAGGUAACCCCCAAGGAGAGAGUGGUGGCCUCCAGCAGCUUCAGAGACAAGCUCAGGAACUGGGAGAAGGUUUCCUCUCAGAGAAACGAGACCUCAUCGGCCCUUCCCCUCUCCGAUUGUGGAGGGAAGGCCUUCCAUUUGGAAAGGCAAAAAAGCAUGGGGCUUGCCCCAGAGAAGCCCAGGAAAAAGCUGGAAACCAAAGGAGCCCAGACCCUUCCUUCUCAGAGGCACUUGACGGCCCAAAGAAAAUCACUCACCAUCUCUGAAGACCCUUCUUCUCGACUUUCUCCACGUGGCAGGAAGAGCCAGGAAAUCUCCAGUCCUGAGAGGGGCCUGGCAGGCAGUACCUGCCAGCCUGUUUACGAGUGUGAGCUUGACAGCCAGACCCCAGAAAAGCAGCCGGAUAUCAGGCAAAACCAGUUUCCCAAAACGAAACCACUGCCUUCCAUUGAGUCCCUGGGUCCUCCUCCCGCCAAGCCAUCAAAGCCCCCGAGUGUGGACCUCCAGGCUUUCCAGAGGCAGCCAGCUUCUGUUGCUAAGGCCCAAAAUGAAGUGACCGUAAAAGAGGACUGCCCACCUCCGGAGAGGAUCCUCAAUGCUGAAUUUGAAGAACCACAUAAUUAUGAGGCAACAAUUUCAUAUCGGAGACACUCUGGCAACUCCAUUAACCUGUGCACUGCAAUAGAAAUUGCUGAUUCAACUUAUGAAGUUGAAAUUGAAGAACUCCAAAAGCCUUGGAAGAGUUUUCUCCAUCAAGAACUUAGCCCUAAACAUGAAAAUCCAGAUAGAAGAAUGAAGGAAAAAGGGCCGUGUGAUCUGGAGCCUCAAACAGAAAAGGAUCCACAUACAAACAGUCCUUCCAAGGUAGAUAUCUGUAAAGGGACACCUGCAAAAAUCCAGAUGACCAGAGUCCAUGAAGGCCGAAGGAGCAUGCCAAAUGGGAAACAGGAAACCCUGACUGACAUCCUCCAGACAAAGGUCUGCCCGGAGGACAUGAAGCGAGCGAGUGGUGGGUACAUGGAGGCUUUGGAGGUGACUAAAGAAACCUCAGGCCCAGGGGCCUUUAAGUCAAGUUCCCUCCCAGAGGAGACCUAUGAUGAUGUGGAGUACCCUAGGACAGAUGGACCAAAGUUGGACUUCUCCAGCUCAUUUACCUCAGACAGUGAAAAUAGUGAAGAAAUGUAUGAAGAUAUCUACAAAACAAAAAGCAACUACCCCAAAAUAGAUUUAGAUGGAAAAGAAGCCCUUAAAAGACUGCAGCAAUUCUUCAGAAAGGAAAAAGGUAGAUUUAAAAUGAAGAAAACCAAGUCAAAAGAAAACGCAAGUGCAUUUUCCAUUUCGCUGCCUGAUUUAGAACUUAGGUCUCAGGAAGUUAUUAUCUAUGAUGAUGUGGACAUAAGUGAAAAAGAGUCAAAAGAUGAAGAUAAAAUAAAAACUUGGAAGCCCAAGUUUUUGGUAUCAAAGGGGAAAAAAGAAAAGAAAGGUGCUGAUGCAUCGGAAAGUUUUUCUCCUAGAAAGUUCUUCAGAACCAAGAUGCAAAACUUAGAAAAAAACAGAAUUGGAAAAGAAGAAAAACUUUUUAGAGAAAGAUUUCAGUAUGACAAAGAAAUUAUCGUCAUCAAUAGAGCAGUGGUAUGUUCCAGUAAUUCAAGAAAUGGAAUAUUUGAUUUGCCAAUAACACCUGGAGAAGAACUGGAAGUCAUUGACACCACUGAACAAAAUCUAGUGAUAUGUCGCAAUUCUAAAGGGAAAUAUGGAUAUGUACUCAUUGAACAUCUAGAUUUCAAGUAA